ACAGCACAAGCUGCAGAAAUGGACAACAAGGAGCUUUUGAUGAGUGAAAUGUAUCAAGAUGAAUCAAAGCAGUAUGUUUGCACCUGUAACCGAAAGUACAACACAAAAGGUCACUUCAAGAGACAUCUGCAAAAUGAACACAACUUGGUGUUUCAUAAAACAGAAGAGGAAACUCCCGAAUCAGCAACAUCAAAGCAAGACCACAUAGCUCUGUGGCGUUCAUCAUUUAUGAAACUUGCAUUAUUACUUAUGGACACAGAGGAUGCUUUCAAAUUUGGUGAUGGAACACGUAUAUUUAGAAAUGCAAAGUUUGAAAUGAUGUGUGCUGAUAUUGCUAACCAUUCCAAAUAUAAACUGUGGCUUUGGAGACUCUUAGCCUACGAGUGUUCUCUCCUAUCACCACGUGAGGCAUUUGAGUACAAGUGGAAUUGUUCCUCAAAUAUUCAUGGAGGGACUGGGAAAAAUAUCCCUAAUGACAAUCUCGUUGAAAUAUGCGUACAUGUUAUAAAGAAGAAAAUGAGACAGCAGGGUGCAAAUCUAACUUAUGAAAGUGCUAAGAAGAUUGCCUCGUGUGUGCAAAUGCAGGAAGAAAUAAAGUCCAGUGUUCAGAAACAGCUUGGCAUGAAAACCUCAGGUCAAUCCAGACCUACUGUGGAUAAGAAAAAAGAUCUUCAACUGAUCAUUUUGGAACUUAAAGCUAAUGACAUUUUCAGUUACCUUCCUGGGAGGGAAUUCAGUGCUUUUAAAGUUUUCAGGACAUUUUUUCGCGUGUUAAUGUGGUUCAACUUCACAAAUGGAUAA